UGGAGGGGCAGCUCCUUAUCGAGAUCCGCUUGACGAUAAGCUCCUUCGGCUAAUUCCCGGACCUACAACGUCACCACCCCUCCAAUGCUAGAGCUGUGCUCAUGAGUGUUGCCUGUGAGCUUGGAGAGCAACAACAAACUUCAUAUCAUCUGAUUCUUCGUACCUCAAUACGGACCGGGAGCUUACAAUACAAGUUUCUUCGUCAUCACUUUGAGUUUUUGACGAGCAUGAUAGGGAGAUGAUCAGUGUAACAGUUUCAUCAACUCAAACUCCACACUUCACAUAACCAGCCACUACAUUGAGAAUCAGCCUGAGUAUUCAGAGCCCAGCUGAUAAUGGACACCGUUGCGGCCGUUUUAGCUGCCUUCACGCCAACUCAGGCCGCCGCUCAUUCCGUCAAGAAGUAUGAUACUGCUAUUCGGGACCAUGUCGCAGCUGUGACGUCGCUGUUUGCGAACCAACGGGAAGUCAUCAGUGCCAAUGCUAGCCAGAUCCUACAAAACAUUGACCCCUCGAUCGACUCUAUCACAUUUCAAGCCAUCCUCCUUCUCUCACUACAAACAUUGAACCCCGCACCUGGUAGCGAACGAAGCACACUCUUAGACGAGAUCCUCCGAUUUCUUCUCAACUUCAACCCUCUCCAGAUACGAUAUGUGGGCUCUGAAUUCCGAAGGCUUCUUGAAUACAUCGCAGCAGGCACGCUGUUUACUACAAGUGUUACUGUAGAGGCUUUGGCUGCUGCUAUACUGCGACUCGAUCCCACAGGAAGCAUGUUCACAUCUACCCAUCUUACAAUGAUCAAGAUCGCUUAUUCAACAUCCUGGAUUGGGCCCGCUCUUAAGGUUCUCGAUUGCGAUCUUACGUUCUACCCUGGCAUGGCGGGCCAGAAGGACGCCAAACUCUUGUGUGAUAGUAGUCUGCAUCCCGCUUCAUUCAUUUCAGUUGACACAGGUCUUACUGGGGAUGUGAAGAGCUCCGCCGUCUUGGAGUAUAAUCACCUUGCGGCGCAAUGCUACAUGUCACGACGAGACUGGACCAAAGCCUACCGAGCUCUCGAGCGCGUCAUUACACACCCAUCAAAAGACAAAGGCGUCAGCAAGGUCAUGGAUGAAGCGUACAAGAGGUGGUUGCUGGUCGGGCUACUUAAGGAUGGAAAAGAGCCAAGUAUUCCAGCAUACACUGCCACGAUAGCCAAGAAUACCUUUUCCACACUAGGAACGCCAUAUAAGAAUAUCACCACUCAGUUCACAACCACAAAUGCAGCGCAGCUCAAAGCGGACAUCGAGGCCAACCGGCAGGUCUGGGAGGAAGACGGUACCUCAUCGUUGAUUGCAGAGGUAGUGGCGGCGUACCCAAAGUGGCAAAUCAUCAACCUCCGCGACAUUUAUGCACGGGUGUCCAUUUCCCAAGUGCGUCUCUCGACACUCAGUGCCGAGACAGGCGAAAUCCUCGCAGACGACGAUGCUACCACACGCUUAGUUCGAGAUAUGAUUGAUUCCGGUCUACUAAAAGGCGAGCUACAGCCGGGCAACAAUGGCGGGGAACUCUAUCUGCACUUCCACGACGAUAAUGAGGCGAUGACAGAGGCAAAGUUUGCCCAGCAGAUUGCCCAGCGUUACCAUAACAUCGAAAGUCUUGGUAACCAGUACAAGGCAGCCAACGAACGGCUGGGCAAUAGCAAGGAGUACGUGAAACACUCUGUUAGGGAGCAGAAGCGGGCAGAUAAGGACCCUGCAGAUCCUGGAGUGGGCUUCGAUUCUCUAAUAGAGGAUGAGGACCUUAUGACCGGCAUCACACCAACUGCCUAAUUCGAUCGUUCAGAAACAGGCAUGUUAACACGGCCAUAACCUAUGGUCACGAGUAUGAGCUUAUUAUUCUGACAAGCAGCCAUAGUUCAUCGUCUCGUCACUGGACGCGACAUAUUCAUUGGUAGUUGGGCAACAAUGCUGCUCGCAAGGGUUACGGUAGAUGAAGACGCGGCGUAUUACUUUAGAUUCAUUAGAUAGUUAAUCAAAGGAUGACUGGCUGUGGUCAAACACCAGUUGAUGAGGGUCUCCUACCCCCCGAUUUCGUCUUCUGCCCCUGAUUAUCUCUUCCUCCUUUUG